CCGCAUCUUACACCGCUCACCGAAGGACAAGGACAAGGACAGGGUCAAGGACACACAGCGACAGGCGUCCCACCUCAUGUGUGCUGUCGUUGCACGUUGCACGCGGCUCUUGCAAGAUAGGCUGGCUUCCGCUCCACCGUUUGACGGAUUGCAGAGCCUACGAGAGACUGCAUACUAAUGUGGCCGUUUUGCACUUCCACCACGAGCUGAACCUUGGAACCCACUCAGGUUGAGACAUGACGCAGCCCAACAACAACCACCUCUACCCCUCCUUUAGCUUUCAAGAGCCGUUCUACGAAUCCGAGGACCUACAAUCCUUUACCAACUCAGCCUUCUCUCAAUGGGACUCCCAAGGAGCACAGAUGGGCUACGAUGCGGCCCCAAGCCCAUCACUAUCCGUCGCGACUGCCAGGAGUGCUCCGGACCCUCGGCUUUCGCACAGCUUUGCGACUUUCACUCAAUCACAGCUGGUCCAGCGUCGUGAAGGCACAGACAACCGUCUCUCUAACCUGGGCUUCCUCGCAGUGCCACAUGGCGGUCAGACCCGUUCCGCUCUCGACAAUGCAAAUCCCAUCACACGCUUCUAUAACUCGGAUUCGCCAUGGAGUCCCGAGAUGAUGAGGAGCCACAAUGUCUCUGGCGGCGCUUCCCCCUAUCCUCAGAUGCGGGCGGAUUUUGUCACUUAUCGCAACUCUCCUGGAUAUGACAUUGACCAUUCAGCCCCCAGGUCGGACUCGGGAUACCAGACGUUUCCCUCGCAUCAGUCGGUUGUGAGCCAUGAUGGUGAUUUCCCUGAGCAAGACAUCCCUCCCGAAGUGACGCCGCAAAUCGGUGGCUUGUAUGUGGACUCUGUCGCCAGCGACCCCGGCGAGAUUCCGACACUGUCAGUAUCCGUGGAUCAGGCGUCCCAGUAUAGCGGCCACAGUACUACACGUACUACACGCAGUGCCGGCCAUGGAAAGGAAAUUCCGUGUCCCGAAUGUUCAGAGAUAUCGAAGUGCAGGUCCGACCACAAAAAGCAUAUGUUGCGCCAUAGGAAGCCUUUCAAAUGCGAUGUCCCCGCGUGUCCUCGAGGAGGGAAAGGUUUCACGACAGUCAACGAUCUGAACAGACACAAGAAGAGUGUCCAUGGAAUCGGAGCCUUCACCAACUCCUACCUGUGCGCGUCCGAGAGUUGCAAGAAGAAGGGCAAGAUCUGGCCUCGGCUGGACAACUUCAAGCAGCACAUCGAUCGCAUGCACAAGGGCGAGGAUAAGGAGGAUCUUAUUCGAAGGUCCGAAUACCAUGGCGCCGACCCAGGGGCAACCGAAGAGUCCAUGACGACUGCGCCCAUGGAAACGACGCUGGCGGGAAUAGGUACGGAGAGACCGUUCUCUACUUGCAGUAAUGAGCUCGAUGAUCCCACGUCCGGAAUAAGCUUAACCCCAGAUCAGGAAUCCCAUCAGCCUUGGACUACUUUGUCUCUCACCAGUCCUUCGGCACAGGGCUUUGACAUGGAUCUAGUUGGGGCGGGACCACCGAAUGCGGCUGCCUCUACCUAUCACGGUCGAGAUCCGGGUUUGUUGUCUCCAUUGACGCCGGAUGUGCGGAGAGUCUCGCAGAGUCCUCGUGUGCCGUCGCAGAGACUGGAUACUCACGCAGAUAUCGCCGAGUCUCAGACCAUGGAGAAGGAGAUCGUGCGACCACCUCCCGAUCUUUCAAGCGCACUUCAGGCGCAAGGAGGCCCAGAGCAAGAAGCUCUUUUGAAGUUCUCCAAAUCCUUGGUCAACGUGAUUCAGCAUGCCUCAAACAACAGCUCGGGAGAGGACCUGGAAAACCUUAUUCUGCGCGCCCUCUCAACAAGCAUUGGCCAAAGGACAAUCUCGCAGCAGCUUUCGCAGCAGUCUCCCCACCGAGCAGCCUCUUUGGACCGCCCUACGAAAUCGGAAAACCCAUCAUCAUCACCAUCAUCCGCGCAGCACCAACGAAACCACCUCAAACCACCACCAUCCCCCCAAACAAAACGUUCCCCCCACCGCCCGCCAUCUCGCCGCUCCAGCAGCAGCACCUCCCCCCUCCCAACGACGCAGUGCGAGCAGUGUAACGCCGUGGUGUCGCGCCCCUGCGACCUGCGCAAGCACCUCAAGCGGCACACGAAGCCGUACGGCUGCACGUAUCCCAACUGUUAUCGACGCUUCGGCGCCAAGUCGGACUGGAAGCGGCAUGAGAAUAGCCAGCAUUUCCAGCAGGAGAUGUUUCUGUGUCGGUUCUGUGGUGUGGGCGGCGUGGGUGACGGGGGAAAAGCGGGGGGCGAGGGCUUGUUUUGGAGGGUGAGGGAUUUUGAGGGGCAUUUGAGGGGGUGCCAUGGGAUGGGUGGUGGGAAGGGGAAGGGGGAUGAUGGGCAGGGCACUGGCGGUGGUGGCAGCAACGGCAGGGAUAAGGAGAUUGAGAAGGAGAUGAAAGAGAGGCGGAUCGGGAGGAACGGCCAGGGCGCAUUCUGGUGCGGCUUCUGCGCGGAUGUGGUGCCGUUGCGGAAGAAGAGGAAUGAGGCGUGGGACGAGCGGUUUGAUCAUGUGGAUGGGCAUUUGAGGGCGGGGAAGGGGAUCGAGGAGUGGGUUUGUUUUGAGGCCGGGAGGAGGAAGGGGGAUUUGUUGAGAGAAAACGAAGAGGGAGAGGGGGAGAGGGAGGGAGAGGGAGAGAGGCAGAGUUUCAAGGGGGAGGGGCUUGUGAGGAGGAGGAGGACGUUGAGGGGAGAUUUGGAUGGGGAAGGGGAUGAGGAAGAGGAAGAGGUGGAUGGUGGUGAUGUAGAGUUGGAUGAUGGAGAGGACGAGGAUGAUGAUGACGAUGACGAUGACGAGUAUGGCCCGACCUUGGAUGCUCAGAGGCAGAAGGAAACCCCGCAUCCUGCCGCGCAUGCCGCAGAGUCCCGGAAACGGCACCGACACGACGCCGCCGAGUCUGCGUCUCCGUCGCAGCAGCCGACGCAGAAGAGGAGGAAGUCGAAGGUCAAGGGUGAAUUGAGAUUCAAGUACUGCUGCCAGUGCCAAGGCGGGCCUUGGGCCCAGCAUACGUAUGAUAAUUGCAUGGAGUGCGGGCAUGCGCUGUGUGGUUCGUGUGUGGAGAUGGUGGAGCUUAUAGAAGAAGAAUGAAUGGGUAGUGGGAACUUGAAGGGGGGUUAGAGAGCGAGAGGGCGAAGAAGUUUUGAGAAGGUGAAUGGAGGUGGGAUCGUUAGGUGUUUGAGUUGGCGAAACCAAUGGUUCGGGGUAUGUUUGAUUUGAUAGGAAGGGAGCAGGGAGCUGGGAUAUUAGAGGGUUGUUAUUGAUGGACUGGAUGGAUGGAUGGAUUUCAAGUGCUGGAUUUUUGCGAGGACUGGAGGGGAAGCGGAGGUUAGGGAAGUGGAGGAUCGAGGGUCACAGUAACAGAAACGAGCACACGCACUAACCGCUUUAAACAGGUAUCUACUACUAGACAAAACCAUAGAUUCAGCUACAUCCUUCUAUGAAGAACUAUCUACAAUCUCCCUCUACAGGAUUACUAACAUCCUGUACGAUACCUUAAUAACACUAUAUGCUAGACAAG